AUGAAGAACAGGGAAGAGGAGGACCCAGACACCCUCUUGAUUGAAGGAUGUGACCUGCUGUACGUUACAAGCGAUUUCUUCUCUCCGCCAUGGACCAUCAAGCACUUCAAUCUUUCGAACAUAGCAGCUCUGCAUUUAGACCAGGGAAUUUACGAUCUGAGCAACACUACCAUCACGAUUCACAACGUCAGCCUAUCCAAUCGAAUGGAAAUGGAAGACUAUCGAAACGCAAGCCAUUUCAAGGCGGAUCGGAUCCAUAUGACAAACGUGGAAUUACGAAAUCCCUCUAACAUCCAUCUGGAAGCGAGAGAAUCAGACACAUCUGGCUUCCGACUGUCAGGAUCCACGACCUUCAAUUACUUAAAGAUCAAAACGCACCGACUGUUGAUGCAGAAUUUUUCGUUUCAUGAUAUGGGUUCCGUUACCCUGGAGGGAGAGACAGUGUCCCUCAUUGAUGCGGAACUGCAGUACGAGCAUGGAUUCUUCCUGGUUCGGGGCGACUCUGUAACGAUCUCCCGUUUGACGAAGAACUCAGACAGAAGCAUCUUCAGACUGAAAGGCAAAAACGCAACCAUGACGGAAAGUCGCCUUCCUGACUCCCGCGUCCUCCACUUCAGUGUCAUUAAUGGAUUCGACUUCAGGAACAACAUCUUAGGAUUCUGUCCUCGCGACGUCAGUUGGAGGAAACAGGUGCUCUCGUGCCACGAGAACACCUGGGCUCCAAACUGCACCUGCCCCAAAGAUGCAAUAAGCCAGGCAAUCACUGGACAACCUUUGAGGAUCGUUUUACUUCUUGCUUUCGUAAUGCUUAUAAUAACACGGGAAGAGUGA